GGACUGUACGGCAGCGGGGGAGCGGUUUGGUGGGGACACAGGGCCGCUUGGAGGCCACCGCGAUGCUCCCCUCCUUACAGGAGUCGCUGGACGGGGAUGAUAAGGAGCUGGAAAGCAGCGAGGAGGGCGGCUCCGCGGAGGAGCGGAGAGCCGAGCCGCCGCCCAGCAGCCACUACUGUCUCCACAGCCAUCGCGGAAGCAGAUUGGCACAGCAGCGAGGGGACAGCGAUGAUGGAAGUAGCACAAGUGCAGAAACUCCCUCCGGUGACGAUUUCAGCCUCUCCUUGGUGGAUACUAAUCUACCAUCUGAAGUGGAGCCACAGCUGCGCAGUUUCAUUGCCAAGCGUCUUUCUAAGGGAGCAGUCUUUGAAGGACUGGGUAAUGUUACAUCCGUGGAACUGAGUUCUCCAGGUUACCGAGUUGGUUGUUAUUACUGCCUUUUCCAACAAGAAAAAUUGCUUGCUGAAGCAGCAACAGUGGACUCUGAAUAUAAGCCUUCAGAGUAUGUGGUCUGUUUUUUAGGAGGGUCUGAAAAAGGGCUUGAGCUUUUCAGGCUGGAAUUGGACAAGUACAUUCAAGGGCUGAAAAACAGCAUGAACUGUGAGGAAAGGGGCCUGGAGAACCACAUAAAACCCUACCUGAGCAGCUGGUUUGAGGAUGUCGUAUGCCCAAUCCAAAGGGUUGUUCUUCUCUUCCAGGAGAAACUUACCUUUCUGCUACAUGCUGCUCUGAGUUAUACUCCUGUUGAGGUUAAAGAAUCAGAUGAAAAAACAAAGAGAGACAUUAACAGGUUUCUGAGUGUGGCCAGUCUCCAAGGGCUUAUUCAUGAAGGCACCAUGACAUCUCUGUGCAUGGCCAUGACGGGGGAGCAGCAUAAGUCUGUGGUCAUCGACUGCAGUAGCUCCCAGCCUCAGUUCUUCAAUGCAGGAAGCAAUCGGUUUUGUGAGGAUUGGAUGCAGGCAUUUUUAAACGGUGCUGAAGGAGGCAACCCUUUUCUUUUCCGACAAGUACUGGAGAACUUUAAAUUAAAGGCCAUACAAGACACAAAUAACUUGAAGAGAUUUAUCCGACAGGCAGAAAUGAAUCAUUACGCUCUGUUUAAGUGUUACCUGUUCCUGAAGAACUGUGGUAGUGGAGAUAUCCUUUUGAAGAUAGUGAAAGUGGAACAUGAAGAAAUGCCGGAAGCUAAAAAUGUGGUAGCUGUCCUUGAAGAAUUCAUGAGAGAAUCCCGCACCCAAAGCUUCUGAUCAUGUUUUCAGAUGACUGUAUCAUGAAGUUGUAUAUGCAAGCUUUGGUGUUUGAAAUUGCAGUUGUUAUAGUUGUUUAUAUAGGAUUGCUGUUUAAGAUUAUUUGAAACUCAUUUCAGACUCUCUUUUCUUUUGGAAUUUUUAAAUUUAACUUAAUUAAAUAUACAAAUCCGAGGAACGUCUUCACUAAGUCCUAGAUAGAUAUGUGUUUCAGAGUUAUGGGAUUGUAGUAUAUCACCAAUCCCAUAAAUUCUAGACUUUAGGGAGUGGUUGCUUAAAAAAUGUCAGAGGUAAUUUUGUGGCUUCUCUUAGGAGUUUGCUGCAGUAGUUUGCAAUUUUUCGUCUCAGGAAGGUCACAAUGCUUCUUUCUCAGUGGAUUGUAGCUUCUUUAAAAAAAAAAAAAAACGUAAUCCUAGAU